UGGCGCUUUUCUCUGGCUUUUGAUUUACGCCUCUCUCCCAUUUCUUCUGCCUUUUCGUCUCAAAACGAAGGGGGCAGGAACACCGCCCCUUCCGGGUCGGCAGUGUGGAAAACGACGUGGGGAAUUGUGCCUUCCGCCUCGUAUGCGCCGUCCUGAGAUCGCUCUCUCGCCUCGGGUUGACCUUGUUUUGGCUACACGUGAGUGGUAUGGAAUUUCUCGAGAGGUUACCCGGAGACUCGGUGCGUGCAUGUGUUUGCACUUUGUUUACAUUCGAGUUUCUAAAAGCCGAGGGAGCUGUCUCGAAAAGACACCAUUUGAGAGCUGUGAGACCCCGAAAACCGCUGGUCCCUCUCGGGCAGAACAGACCCGUCGAGAACCCCUUCACUCGGUAUUGGUGCUCUACUACGCCGAGGGGUCGUCUUGCCUGUUGCCUUUUCUUCGCUUUAUUUGGGCUGUCUUCUUUUCCUUCACCUCAUACGCAUGCGAUGAGUAAUAUGACAGUGUUACCGGGGAAUUCCCACUUGGAUCACUUCAAUAGGUGCGGGUACCGCGGAACAGACCGCGAGAAGGCGGUCUGCCUCCACGGUUCAACCCCCACCCAUACCGUUUAAAAACACGAUUUGUCGAGUUUCUGUUUAUACGUCGCUUUUCUAGAGACCAUAGCUGCGGGAGAAAGACGUGUGUUCCUCACUUCGUCCGAAAACUUGGUUUUCUUUGGGAAAGCCAUAACCUUGGAAGUCUAACAGCUCGCGGCACACGCGCAGAAGCCGUCAACCCCGCGCUUGACCUCGGGGGAACCUAGUUGAGUAGUAUCGAACGCAGACUGAAUCUACUUAGCUUACCGGAGGGGGGGUUUUUCCGUGUUACAUAAGGAACAUUCAAAACUGCCAUUCGCUGUCGCGCUUCUUUUCGUUCCACUUUGUAGAAAAUCCAUUAACUCCAGAAUCGCUGGGACGAAAACGACGGUAUCCCGCGGGGGAGCGCAGUGCGACGGGAAACCUUGUGCAAACCGUGAAGCAGGGGUUCUUCUCGCGCAGUUUGUUUUAGCAGACAUAAGAAAACCAGGGAAGUGACACCGUUGUCCUAGUGUCUGGCGGCAAGAGAAAUUCAGGGAUUCUCCUGCGAGACGCGACAUGUCACUCAAGAGGCUGCCAGUGGUCCCUGAGAGCCGGAAAAAGAGACUGGGGACCCGAGCGCUCCCUUUCAGCUGACAGCGCUCUAACAGGGAUCCUGCAAGGUCGAGUUUCUCUUGCUCUUAAUAGAAAGGGGAGGGGACAUUUCCUACUUGCGCUUUCUUUCUUGUUCUGUUCGGGAAACGCCCUAGGAACUCGAAGACUAACGUAAACUGUGCGCCUGAGAGGAACCCCCUAUGUCGUUCCCCUUCCUUGCGUCCCUAGCCUGCCGCCGACUCUGUCUACGGUUUUAGCAUUGUCUCUGCAGUCAACAAGAAAGCAUUAAGUCUUUCGCCGAGACAGCUGCACCAAGGAAGCUUCUCUCUAAGUCGUUUCUGCCUGUUCAAGAUGGCGGCGCGAUCGCUUCGUGUGCGACGGCUGUGCCUCUUCAUCCUCGCGAUCUGCGUCUUGAGAGCAGCCGAGACGGUGGUGGCAACAAAUGACAAUCAUAUUGGAGAAGAGUCUUCCGAAUUUUUGGAGUGGCAUGGAGGCAAGGUAACGGCUCGGGAAAUGUGGACCGCGGCAUUCGGUCCGGACGGAAAUGCAGAAAUGCAAGCGACGCUCAGAUACUCGCUCCCUCCGCGGCCUGACGUCACGAAGGUCAAACCGGAGGUCUAUGAGAUCGCAAAGAACCCCCCUAACGACAUCUUCGAACUUGCCAGUGCUGUGCCGUUCACAUUUUUCCUCCCUGACAAGGAUGGAAGCUACGUUGUCUUCAUCCAGCUAGAUAAGAUGGAUAUGGACACCCUGAAAGGUGUGUCUACUGAACAUAUUGUGGAUUUCAUCCGGUACAUAGGGUGCGUGUAUUUUGGGGCUAUCGACGGACGCCCUGACAGCCGCAUCAAGGUCGUCCUCGACUGUGGAGAAUUACAGUUCUCCAGUCUCUGGUUUCUCGGCGGCCUCAGCACGAUUAACGUGAUUGCGCGUGCGCUUGACAACUUGCAAAAUCUUCUCGGCGAGAGAACGUCCGACAUCGUGAUAAUCAACACCUCAGCUGUUCUCCAGGCCAUGCUGGAGACAGUCAAGGCACUCAUGCCUUCAAACAUGCAUCUCCUUGUUCUAGGUGGCCCCGAAGAGUAUGUGCCUCAGCUGCAGGAGUUGAUCGGAAAAGAGAGCUUGCCCCAGGAGUACGGCGGAACAGCCCUUGCCGCCAUUGGAGAGUCCCCCAUGGCUUUGGCAAUGGAGCAGCAAAUACAGGUUUUCAUGGAGUCCCGUGACGGCGGCAGCAUAAUGCAAAACGAAACCCAAUGAACGGAGCGAAAGGGAACUUUGAGAGCCUUCGAAACUAAAAGCCAGGCACAAAAGUCUCCUGAAAAAACAAACAACCCCAACAAAUGCAGCAACAGGGGACUCUUCGAACCCUCGAAUCCAGGCACUAAACGCCCCGCAUCUGCUUCGACAAGAUAUGCUGCGGCACAGAACAAAGGGAGGAGACGGGGAAAAUGACGAAAAGACGGAGUGAAUGGAGAAGAAUCUAAGAGCUGUAAAGGACGAAGCGGGAAGUUGUGGAGACAGACGGAUAGAACUUUCGAGAGAGCAAGAGUGCUACCGGAUUUGUGUCAGGUUUUAGAAACAGUCGAGAUCGGGGAUUGCAGGGGACCCCAGAGCAACCGAAGUGCUUGUUUCCGUCGACAAAGAGUCGCUCAAAAGCGAAAAUGUGUAGACUACCCGUUUCACGCGGGUUUGGCCUCAGACAAACUCUGUGUAACUCGGUUCAGUGAAAAGGCUGUUGCAAGAAACACCUUUUUCAUGGUUUUUCAAACUCCACGAAGAGCGCGACCUGGGACUGAGAGGAUGCGGUACAUCCGUUAGAAAGUCUCAGUUCUGAUGCUUUCGAUGUUAGAACCGUCCCCCCAAGAAUCGGGUGGCGUGAGGUGUCUAUUCUAGAAUGCCGUUUCUGGUUGAUGCCUGGCUUUCGUCGAGAAAAACUCCGAUGCAUUUGUCUUCAAACAAUUUACGGAGAAUGAACUUCUCCAGUGGGUAGCUUCCUUCUCGGGCAAGCACUAUGUGCUUUAUGGGCGUGUUCUAAACCUAAAUGCAUGCUACAGUGCCGUUUUCUCAGUUGAAGUGAUCUUUGUACUAUAUAUAUCAUCAGGUAUAACUGUAGCCUUCAGAUAUAGUUCAGAAGCAUCCUUUGCGUGCGCAAGCUUUCAGCACCUCUGUGAACAGUUGCUUCCGGUGUCAAGUUCGGGCAUUCCACCUCACAAGUGGCUCGUCUACCGUUCAGUUUUGAAACGGGUGCGAAAGGGCGUAUGGCAGUCUCGCAACUUUUGUCGCUGUUGUGCUGUUUCCACGCAUUUGAUGACCGCAUCAUAUUUAUAUGUAUUUCUGUAUUUUUGUGGAAGCACAUCGGAGCAAGGCCCAGCGGUAAAUAGAGCAACGCACACAAGCAAGCGACGUAGCGAGUUGUGUUGCUUCCACGCGUUGUCCCGCCCUCCUGGAACACCGUCCGCAAAGGUAAAUAGUUGUGGG